GGUACGGGUAAUAAGUGGGGGAGAAGAAUGUUUCUGUCUCUUCCUACACUGACUGUCCUUGUUCCCCUGGUCUCUUUAGCAGGACUGUUCUACUCGGCCUCUGUGGAAGAAAACUUCCCACAGGGCUGCACUAGUACCACCAGCCUGUGCUUUUACAGUCUGCUCUUGCCCAUUACCAUACCAGUUUAUGUAUUCUUCCACCUUUGGACUUGGAUGGGUAUUAAACUCUUCAGGCAUAAUUAAUGCAGCCAGAGCCAAGAUGGGGUAUAUAUAUAUUAAUGUAUACUAAUGAUAUGUCUUGAGCAUCUGUCAGUGAAAGCUCAACUGCAUGGAAAUACUGGAAACCCACUUAAUUUGCAGGAAAGAUGCUUUGCCUUGUGUCAGAGGCUUAGGAACAUGGGAGGUUAAGCUGCUGAAGCUUCUUUUAUUGUACUUCCGUUCUGCCCUUAUUUUUUGAAGGUUCUAAUUUAUAACUGCUGUAUCAGAAGAAAUAUUUCUACAAAGUGUCUUGUUGGAAAUUAACAGCCCCAACCAUCAUCUGAUGACUUUAUUUCUUAUCCCAUUCACUUAAAAGUUAAUAAUUUGAAAUUUUAUGUUUGUUUAGAUUCAAAAUCUUUGGUAAAGUCACAUGUUAAGGAUGACUGAAAUAAUUCCAAAGGAGCUAUGUUGGAGUUGUUACAGAGAAAUGCAUUUCAACUAGUAUGAUAUGAAACUGUACAAUAAAAUGGAAGUUUC